UUGGUCCGGCCGGCAGAGCGUCGCCGUCGAUGAGUCGGACUUUGCGUGACCGUACAGAGCGUCACGUCGUCGUCCGCAGGUCGCGAGAGUGCCGCUUAUCGUUUAGCGCGCAUCAGUCGCACCGUCGACACGGAACAGUCUUACACGUAAUAUAAAUCAUAUUUUUUGUUCGUUAUGAAAAAGCGGUCCGCUUCACAACGGUCGUUCGGCCACCGAUGGACGACCGUCGUAGCGGCCGUCGUCGUCUUUCUGUCGGCCUCAUGUUUGGUUGGCCACGCCGGGGCCGAGGGACGUCGCGUGUACACCGCACCGCUGGACGAUACUGGUCGGACGGCCGUCUACUGGACGGUGGACUACGGGUCGCGAACCGUCAAGUUCGAAGCACACUUCCCGGGCAGUGGCAGCCCGUUCGAUUGGUUCGCGGUGGGCUUCUCGGACCGGGGAAACCACUCUGGGGCCGACUUUUGCGUCAUGUGGGUCGACUGGAAAGGCGUCACCGGCAUGUUGGAUACGUGGACCAACGAUGCUGGAAGAAUUUCUGUAGAUGAGCGACAGGAUUGUGAAGAAUUUAACGUGGCGCGAUUUCACGGAGGUGGGACUGCUUUGACAUUUACUCGAAAAUUUGAUACAUGUGAUGACGACCGCGAUUAUUUAAUCCAAGAUGGUACUACUCACAUAGUGUGGAUGGUGGGUGGUGGUCCAUUAUUUGCAGUAGAAGGGUUGUUGGUGUCGCAGGCCAGAGCUAAGGGUAUGCAAAGAGUUCAGUUGUUAAAACCAGAAACGCCACAAGUCAAAUUGCCGGACAAAGUGUCCAAAAUAGAUGUGCUGGCAUCUAAAGUAAAUAUUCCCGCUGAAGAAACAACGUAUUGGUGUCACGUGAUGAAAGUUCCUCUGGAUUUAUCGUUCAAACAUCAAAUCGUUAGGUUUGAGUCGGUUAUUGAAGAGAGUAGUCGAGGUGUAGUGCAUCACAUGGAGGUGUUCCAUUGCGAAGCCAAUGCUAACAGUCGAAUUCCACUUUACAGUGGACCUUGUUUUUCGGAAAAACGGCCGUACAAGACACAAGUGUGUAAAAAAGUGAUGGCUGCCUGGGCUAUGGGUGCAGCUCCUUUCGUGUAUCCCGAGGAGGCCGGACUACCCAUUGGAGGUCCUGAUUUCAACAGCUAUAUCAUGUUGGAAGUACACUACAAUAAUCCCGGAUUAAGAAAAGGCAUGGUGGACAGUUCUGGAAUACGGUUGUACGUAACGCCUAAUGUGAGAAAAUACGACGCAGGAGUGAUCGAACUGGGCUUAGAGUAUACAGACAAAAUGGCUAUACCACCUAAACUGGAGGAUUUCACGUUGAGUGGAUACUGUAUUGCUGAAUGCACGGCUGUGAGUAUCCCUUCGGCUGGUAUUGAGAUCUUUGGUUCGCAAUUGCACACUCAUCUUACUGGCACCAAAAUCUACACAAAACACGUACGGGAUGGACAAGAAUUGCCGGAACUUAACAGGGACAAUCAUUACAGUACUCAUUUCCAGGAAAUUCGUUUACUUCAUAAACCAGUGCGAGUGCUUCCUGGUGAUGCAUUAAUAACUACGUGCCAUUAUAACACCGAAAACAGACAAAAUAUUACACUCGGUGGUUUCAGCAUUACCGAUGAAAUGUGUGUCAACUACGUUUAUUACUAUCCAAAGAUAGAGUUAGAAGUAUGCAAGAGUUCAAUAAGUGAUCAGAACCUCAAGAGCUAUUUCAAAUUUCUGAACGAAUGGGAACGACAGAGGACGUCGCCCGAGCAGGCGGUGAGUGUCAACUACAACGAGCCCGAAUGGACACCGAUGCGGAGUCAAGUGCUGCACCAGGUAUACGAACAGAGUACGCUGUCUAUGCAAUGUAAUAGGAGCACCGGCGAACGAUUCCCAGGCGACUGGGAGAACAGGCCGUCCACUAAAGUCCUGUAUACUCUGCCGCCGCCAGCCAGGAGCUGCAGUGGAGUGCCGCCAUCCUUAUAAUUUCGGUGUCUUUUACUCUUGUAUUUGCACAUUAAAAUAUUAUAAUUAUUACAUAAGUAGAUACUUGAAAAACCCCUCUCUAUGGGCAAUACCCUCUUCGACCUCAAACGAUCGAUGUGCCCAUUCAAUGCGCGAUCAAUGAGGCAUUUAACCGAAAAUAAUUUUUAUCAUUCAUAGCGUUUAAUAGUAUAUAAUAUAGUACAAAGUAAGCUUAAAAAGUAUUUUGCUAAUUACAGCAGUAAAAAAUACGUAGAUUGGUUGUCUUUACAAAUAUUUAAAUAUCUAAAAUAAUACUGAAAUGUUAGGUUAUUAUUACUUUUUUUUUUUGUGAAAAUUCGAUGUCAUAAAUAAAAACGAAGAUUUAAUAAUAAUAUUAAAUUUAGUUUUCAAAUCAUGAAACUUAACAAAGGAAAUAACUGUGUCUCGGAUUAUUAUAAAUGAAUAAUCAUCUCAUAUGAUAUUAUAUAUAAUUGCAUACGUUUCAUAACUUGAUGUUUAUUAAUUAUAUAAUAUUAUGUUAUUACUAUAUUAACUAUCUUUUUACAUUUGCGAAGUCUUAAUAUAAAUAAUAUAGAUUAUAACAUCACUACAUUGUAAUAUAGUAAAAGGUAGCACCUCAUCAACUUCAUCACCCUUUUGCCCUUACAAAGGACUUCUCUACGAAUACGAAAUAUAUUUUAUGGUUGUGCGCCCUUGCAUUUAAUAUCUAUUAUAUACUUAUUUUACCUAUUUUUUUUAUUCACCAUAAUAUUUAUGAUGUGUCUAUUUGACAUGACGAAGAAAACAUGACAAAAUAUUUCGAUUCCUACCCAUGCAUAUAGAAAUUAAAUCGAACCUAUUUUUUUAAACUAAGUAUCAUGACUCGUAACAUUAUUUCGUUUUUUGACAGUUCGAAAAUGUUUAUAAAGUUCAUUUUACCCCCUUCGAACUUUGUGAGUUACCGAUAAUUGCAGUGUAUAAUGUAAUAUACAUGUUGUUUUUAAAUUUUGAUUGUAACGCAAAGCUUUGCAAACAUCGGUGUAGUGUUAAUAUUAUGUCUUAGUCUAAGAUUUGGAUAAUGACCAAUGAGCAAUGAAUUAAUUUGUGUCCUUUAAAUUUAAUAAAAACUUUUUGUGUGAAUAUAUUAUUUCAAGUAAGUAAAUUUUAAACACAAACUUUAUAUAUAAUAUAUUAAAAAAAUAUUUAAUAGAUUUCCAUACAUUUUCAUUACAUUUUGUGAUAAAUGCACAAAUAAACGUAUUUAAUGAAAUACAAGUUUUAGUCAGUAUUAAAAUUAUAAACAACAUAUUAUACAAUUGGGAUAGUUUAAUUGUUCUGAUCUACUUACGACUGCAAAGUAUAAUAUAUGAAAACAUUAACUUAUAACCGUUUAAUUUAUUAAAUGAAUAAUAUAUCUUAAAUCUAAAUAUUUAUUUUAUUCAGUCUAUAAGAUGUUUUAUAAAUGUUCAUAAAUAUUAAAUUAUUUAAGAAUAUCAUUAAAAAUUGAUUUAAUAUUUAAUAGUCUGAGAACAUUUUUCUAAAAUAUUCAUGAAAUGAUGAAUUAAAAUUAAAACUUAAAAGCUUAUUUUUACAGAAUCCAGUACACAAAUAUGAACCUGAAUUUUGUCAAAUAUAAAAUUGCAUAAUGGUUAAUAUUGAAUAAAAAUUCAUUUUCUUCGAAGUCGAGGGCCCAUAUAGUUAUGAAAUUAUUGAUGAUAAUAACUGUAUAAUAUUUUAUGAUAAAAAAAGAAAUUAUCAAGCUUGUAUACGUUCAAUAACAAAAUAUAAUAAAGGUAUUAAAAUAUUUUUUUUGUACCACGCUAAUGAUUAUAUAUAUAUGUGUAGUUUAUAAUACUGGUAUGCACCUUUAUAUGCUUAUCUAUAUUAUAAUAAUAUUUAAUGUGAACUAUCAUAACACGUAUGUACUUAUAAUUAUAACAUAUGUUAUUCACAAAUAUUUUAUAAACAGAAACUGAAUAUUUGGUUGUAUAGAUAUAUUAAUAUAUAAUAACAUAACAUUA